AUGGAAAAUCCCGGCCGGAGAAUCGCCGCCAGUUCCUGCGACAGGUUCUCUUUCCCGAUCAUAGUUCCGCCGCCGGCGAUGGAUUCCGAUCAGUUCGAGUUCGGCGCCGCCGUCACGGCGCCGGGCUCUCCUACCUCCCCGGCCGAUCGCCUCUUUUCCAACGGCAAGCUGCUGCCUCACGUCUUCCCCGUCGCACAACCGCCGGCGCCGGCGGGGGGAUUUCAGUUCUCCCGGUCGGCGAGCCGGGCGAGCAGCGCCGGCAGCAAGGAUUCGCUUUUCUCGUCGCGCAGCAACAGCACGAGCAGUAAUUGCAGCAGCGCCAGGACCAGCACGAGCGAGGCGGCGGCGCCGGCGCCGGAGAGGAAGGUGUCGCCGGCGGCGGCUAGGCAAGAUCAGAGGAAUCGAAUCAGCGGCGGCGGUGGCGGCGGAAGGGUUUCUGGAUUGGGGUCUAAUCAGUACAGUUACUAUUAUUCUCCGGGAUCGUCUCAGCGGUGGCAGCUGAUUGCGGCGGCGCCGGCGGUGCUGAGCCGCCAGAGCUCUCGAUCAUCGUCCGGCUGCCGGAGGGCGGAGAAGAUUGAUCGGAGAGUGUCUCCGAAGUCCGGCGGAGGCGGCGGUGCGAAGCCGUGGUUGGGGAGGAGGAUUUUGAAGUCGGUGGUGUCGGGGUGCAAAGAAUGUCACGCUAUUAAAUCCAGUAUUGCAUUAGAGCUGUGA